AUGUCGUACGAGGACAUUGAAUUCCCUCCUGCUCAACGUUCGAUAGGCCCAGAGGGCUUCUGCGAGAAAGAGGUCGCCUGGUCAAGGCCACCAGCAGCAUGCUCACUAUUCGGAGCGAAAAUAUCCCCGGACGACGUGCUGGAGGGCGAGCUUGACGACUGUUACCUGGUCAGCGCACUGACUCUCCUCGCAACUCGUCCGCCCCUGGUCCAUCGGCUUGUUCGGAAGGAGGGGGAUCAGCCUGGGAAGUAUCACGUGAGGAUCUGGCAGCAAGGGGUCAGCGUCGAGAUCGUGGAAAAGGCGUUUGCGAAGACCUUUGGAAGCUACAGCGCACUAGGAGGGGGGAACACGGCCGAGGCUCUGCAUGACCUUACGGGAAGGCCUGUGUUCGAUUACAACAUGGACGCUCCUGAUGUUAAGGAGGACAUUACGAGCGGCUCGCUAUGGGCUCAACUGAUAGAGCACUUGGAGGAGAGGGGGCUAGUGGCUUGCGCGUACUUCAAGAAGGGCAGGCGUCAACCGCCGGAGGAGCGGCAUGGCCUCAUACAGAACCAUGCAUACUGUGUGCUGGGCGCCAGGGAGUUUCAGAUCAAACAAACAGGGUCGGUGGAACUCGGGGCGAACAAGGGAGAUGGUUGUUUCUGGAUGCCAUGGGAAGAGUUCAUCAAAUUCUUCAAUCGACUGCAUGUUUGUUGGGUGGGGGAAGGUGACGAAGAAGCGGUCGGAACACCAAUCUUUGCAGAGCACAUGCACGUCCCCGCUGAGAGAUCAGGUGGAUGUACCAAGUACCCAACCUUCCGGCACAACGAUGCUUUCUGCCUCACCCGGGAGGCAGUCGGAGGAGGGGCCAAGAGUGCUCGCAUCGCCAUCACCAUCGCACAGAAGGACAGAAGGAAGGAGCACAAGUCCAACGCCUGCGGUCAAGCUCUCUCCUACGCGCAGGUCCGUGUGACGAGGCAGCACCACUGCACGUUGACGCGAAUGAUCAAGAUCGGGAUGACGAUAGUGAUCCCUCAAACUCCCAAGACUGGGGAGAGCCCGUUAGUUCUCCUGCCGAGCAUGCACUCGGUGGAUGGAAGGAGCCGCUUCUGGAACAAACGAGAAGUUUCAAGAAUGAUCAAUAUGGUCGUCACGAUCUCUCAAGUCAAGACAAGGGCGCUGAGUGGAGUCGGAACAUGGAAGGCGAACGCAGGCGGAGGGGUGGCGUCGACUUCUUUCACCAAGAACCCGCAGUUCUUGGUCAUCUCCAGGCUCAUCCAACCCCCCGACGACGGGACCCCUCUGCUCAUCGUCCCGUGCAUGAUGAAGCCUGCCGCCAAGGACACCUCCUUCGUGCUCGAGGUGGUUGCAGAGGAAGGGUCAGUUCAGCUCGAGGCUGUCAACAAAGACACGCCCGUCCUCCGGGAAGAGCCCAAGGUCGCUGUGUGCCUGGAUUACAGCCCUUUCACAUCGCACAAUGCAGCCUGCUCCCACGAAGACCAGCAAGGAGACAUCACGAGGAACUUCAUCGAGCGUGAAGUAUAG